AUGUGGACGGGACGUGAUUUGAUAGUUCAUUUCAAUGAUAAUGUAAAAAAAAAAAUUCGUAUGUCGAUCGGGAUCUUCGCUCUCUCAGCAGGCUGUAUCCCUCCACAAACUGCAGGUCGGUAUCAGUGAUUUACAGACUUGAGUUGGCGGCGCAGUGUCAUUUCUCAGCAACUUUUUGGAAUAUAGGACGCGGGGUUUUGGUCGGCUUUUUCCACAUGUUUCCGUUUGGAUUCGUCUGACCUUUUUCUCACCGAAUAGGAGUCAGAGGACGUGGUCUCGCACAGAGCUGAGAGUGAUUUGCUCAAGGAAACUUCAGCAGGAUGAAUGAAUCAUGAACCAUUAUAACAGUUUUCACAUUUCUUUGGUGGACUCGAGGAGGCGGUGGGCAGCUGGUCCCCGGUAGAUUUUUCCAAAAGAGUGUCAAGACGAGGUCAGCGCGGAUGGGACUUAUAAGACUUCAGAAAGGGCCUGGUUGGGAAAGGGAGUGAGUAUGGACAACCUUCCUGACUUUGGUGGCCCCUGUCCAUCCACCCGCAGGGAAUGGGACACCAACAGCUGCGUGGAAGAUUUAAUGGAUGAAGAUGAGAAAGACAGGGCUAAAAGGGCAUCUCGCAACAAAUCGGAAAAAAAAAGAAGAGACCAAUUCAAUGUGCUCAUCAAGGAGCUAUGCACCAUGCUGCAGGGUCAGGGCCAUCCACGCAAGAUGGACAAAUCCACCAUACUGCAGAGAACAAUUGACUUCCUGCAGAAACAGAAAGACAUUACUGCUCAGAAUGAAACUUGUGAUGUAAGACAAGACUGGAAGCCUUCGUUCCUCAGUAAUGAGGAGUUCACUCAGCUAAUGCUGGAGGCCUUAGAUGGUUUCUUGGUGGCAUUAACAACAGAUGGCAACAUCAUCUACGUUUCUGACAGCGUGUCUUCGCUUAUUGGCCAUUUACCGUCAGAUAUGGUGGACCAAAAUAUCUUGAAUUUCCUGCCAGAGCGGGAACACGGCGAGGUGUAUAAGCUGCUAUCAUCCCACAUGCUGAUGACUGACCCCAUUGCUGCUGACUUCCUGGACAGUGAGGCACAUAUUGAAUUUUGCUGUCAUCUAGCCAGAGGUAACAUUGACCCAAAGGAGCCGCCUGUGUAUGAGUAUGUCAAGUUUGUUGGAGAUUUCAAGUUUCAUAACAAUGUGCCUACAUCUUCUUGUAACGGACUUGAAUUGACGUUACCAAGAACCCUGCAGUCGUCGCUGGAGGAGCAGGUCUGCCUCAUUGCUACUGUACGAUUAGUCACUCCACAGUUUCUAAAGGAUUUAUGUAAUGUGGAAGAUCCUUGUGAUGAAUUCACAUCCAGACACAGCCUUGAAUGGAAGUUUCUGUUCCUAGAUCACAGAGCUUCACCAAUCAUAGGCUAUUUACCCUUUGAGGUUCUUGGAACUUCAGGCUAUGAUUACUAUCAUGUGGACGACCUGGAGCUCAUAGCUCAGUGCCACAAGCAGUUAAUGCAGUUUGGAAAGGGUAAAUCCUGCUACUAUCGCUUCCUGACCAAAGGUCAGCAGUGGAUAUGGUUGCAGACUCACUACUACAUCACUUACCACCAGUGGAACUCCAAACCUGAGUUCAUUGUCUGCACUCACACUGUUGUCAGUUACGCUGAGGUGAGAGCAGAAAGGAGGAGAGCGUUCGGCUUUGAGGAGCUGUCACCACCAGAGAUCGCUCCAUCGUCAGUGAAGGCUCAGGAGCUGUACUUGGACAUCUGCUCCACUCUAGACCCUCCACGGGACAGAACCAGCGGCGCACAUUCGGUAUCCUCCCACAGCUCCCGGAAGUCCUCCCACACAGCGCUGUCAGACUCUGCAUCAGCUAACUCCUACACAGAGGCCUGCACACCGUCAUGGCAGUCGGCUUCCAUCGGGACAGACAAGACAUCUGCCAGACUCCAGCCUAGUGGUUCAAAGAAUUUGGCACAAAGACAAAACUCCUUUGACCUCGUUCCCCAAAUGAGCCUCCCUCUCUCUCCUACCUGCAGCAAGCACUCCGCAAUGCAACAGCAAACACAGCAGCAGCAGCAACAGCAGCAGCCGUCGUCAUCGUCCAUGUAUCAGCUGCAGCAGCCUCAGCUCUGUGUAAUGAACCAGCUGAAGGAGCAGCUGGAGGAGAGGACGCGCAUUCUGCAAGCUGACAUUAAGACGCAGCAGCAGGAGCUCCACGACAUUAAGGAGAAGCUUCACCUCGCUAAUCUCCAGAUGUUGUUACAGCAGCCUGUCCACAAUGACUUUGCCCCGGCCCAGCAGCAGCCCCAGCAGCAGAGCUCAAGCAGGCCAGCUCAGCAGAGCCAGUCAGGCGUGAUCAGGCAGCACUCGGGUCACCCUAAACCAGCGUCCUGUGGUCCUCACAGUUCAUCCCCUCACCCACUCCUGAGAGAGAGCAGCUCACCCUCCACACAGGUCCAGCAGAGAAUUUCACGGAGCGGGCAGCCACAGUCAGUUAGCGUGCCCGUGCAGACCAACACGAGCGUAACGAUGCCCUUCUACAGCAACCCCAUGAUGUUCUCUCAGACCAACACCAGGUCUCUGCAGGAUGCAAACCAAAGACACACAGACAGCGAGUUCAGCCAGGAUGGACAACUACGCAUGCUCCUCAACCAGCCGAUGCAGACGCUGGUUCCCACAAGCAGUGUCACCACGCAGCCUUCCCAGUGCAACAUGGGCCUCUCCCAAACCAUAUACACGCUGGAGCAGCAGAUCAUCACCCCAUCGUUCUCCAUGCAACAGGUCAACUGUAAUGCUGUCCUUGUGCCCUCCCCGGUCUUCACAUCACCCAUAAUGAUCCCUCACAAUAGUUUCAUCUCAAACAACCAGUCCCAGUCGGUCUACCACACCCAGCCUCAGGCUUCCCAGCACUCCCUGCAGCUGCAGCAGCCCCAGCAGUUCUUUCAGAUGACUCAAGGACUUGUUCAUGGUGGAUCUACUCCAGCGUUCUUACAUACUGCUAAUGUCCCGCAUCAAAACACUGUAGGAUACAUCCAGCAACAGCCCCAGACACAGCAAGCACCACAAGCACAACAGCAACAGGCGCAACAGCAGCAGAGGCAAUACCAACAUUCCCAAAAUCAGACUGGCAGUGUUUCAGACUUCCGACAUUUGCUGACUCGGUAGCACUGAGGAUGGUGUAAGAGCAUGGAGAUCUCCCUCUGUGCCGCCGUCGUGUAGUCGGCGGCACUUUGAGGCAUUUGGAAUUAAACUUGAUGUCAAGUUCAGCAGCGGAAAUGCUCAGGAGAGGGAUAUAGCUUCUAGUGACCUUACUCUAAAUGUGAAGCUGCCCCUCUUCAGAAGAGGCCGAGGACUGCGAGCAGAGGCUGCACAGGCCUGAGGCCACCUGCAGGACCCGAGGAGAGUCUACGGUGCCAGGCCUUCACCCUACGGGCCACAUUGCUCUCAGACGGAGGAGCUGCUGGAACGAGUGGAUUAUCAAAGCUCUCAAGAAGACGCCACUUUUCACCUUAGGAGAGUUUCAAGUGUCUGUUUGCACUUUGACACUGCCCCGACCUAAAAAAAAACUAUAUUUAUUUUUGCCCACAAGUCAAUGCUCUAUUUUCUUCACGACUAAUCGCUCAACAGUGAGAUUAUUUUUCAAACCUUCUGCUUGACAAAGCCUCAGUGACAUCAGAUCAUGUGAAUUUUUGCUCCAGUGGAAAUGGUUUAUCUCAUGAUGGGAUUAUGUACCUAAUAACUCACAUCAUCAUGUAUUUCCCUCUGCAGACAACGCACAGCUCUCGGUUUGACACAACACGAUGUUUUAUUUCCUGCUGUUUUUCACAAAAAGUCACUAAAGAAGGGCUUUAUUGUAAUCAUGCAUUUGUGAGAUGACUGCCAUUUCUAAAUUCAGGUUGGGUAUGAAUUUAACAACACAGGAAACUAAGGGCAGGUGGUUAUAUUCUUAAAUUUUCAGAAAGGUCUAUCUAGAUUUUUAAAGCCUCAAUCUGCGUGUGUAGAAGCAGAGCGCUGAAGUCCUGCUACGAGGGGCCUUGUGAUGAGCUCUGAGUCAAAAAGUGACAAACAAGCGAACAGAGGGGGAAAUAUUUGUGCCUUUAACUGUGGUAUGUUCACGGUGCAGUUCGAUAGUUGGUCUGAUUACGGCUUUAAAAAUCCAGCUCAGGUCCAUUUGGAAUACAAAGUUCUAUUUUCAUAGGUCAUAAUUUAUUAUUCAUCAGAGCUAAUCAAGACAUCUAGAUUUAUAAAAGGUUAACGAUUAUUUAUUGGAUGCUUCUUGUGACAGUAAUAAACAGAAAAAUUGCAUUUACUAAAACCAUCAUAAAAUCAUUUCAUCCUUAUUUAUCAUAUUUGAAAACAAAUAUAUGUGGGAUUAAGAAACUAGUUUUAUACUCAAGAGAUGAUUUUAGAUGUUCAUGUAGAAAUACAUGUCAGAGCCCAGCUGGGUUAAUGGGGAUGAUUUUUUACACUGGUGAUAGUAGUUUUAAUACCACACAACAACAAACUGCUUGGUGAUUUGAAUUUCUAGGAAACAGUGAAAAAAAGGAUUCUGCUGCCUGGAUAUUUUCAAACCAGCAUGUUAUACCACUCUGGUCAUCUGAUUGGUCUCUGUAUUUGAAAGGUUAAAAAGUCAUGACAUGUCAAUCAGAAUCAUGAACUAGAGAAAAGUUCAUCGCUCCCUACUAUGAAUGUCAUCUCGCCCGAAAACAAAAUGUAAUUGUUAUGGAUUAUGUUUAGUUUUUUCACUUCUGAAUCAAAUAAAAAUAUCAUUUAACUGUAGGCAAAAUGACAAUCUUUAAGUUUCAAAUUAACAAUCAAUAAUCAAAUCGCCCCCUUUAAAGAUAUUACAAAUGCGUUCUUUACAUAAUGAAACUGAUAGAUUACAACAUCCGGGGAUGCUGUUUAUUGUCAGUGUGAUCAAGCAAGGCUUGCUGGGAGAUGUAAAGUUGCUAAGAAGCUCCAGCCACUCUAGCACUCUCAUCUCGAACUGCCCUUUAAAUAUAAAGAAGCUUUUGUUCUCCUUAAUAGCUCAUAUUAUAAAGCUGCACUGUUUAUUCUUUAAACCGUUGGUUCUCAACUGGUGGGCCAGGACGCAAAAGGGGGUCACAAAUGGUACUCCAUUAUGUUGAGCUGUUUGGUUCUACUUGGUUUGACUCAGCAUGGCAGUCCAGCUGCACAUCAGUAAGCAUCCUUUUGUUCCACCAGAAAAGGAAGAAACACUGUUUGGUUUAGCCAUCCACUCACAUUAUGCCUGUCCAUCCUGUUGUCCUGGAAGUAUGUCAAAGUUUGGUGCAGCGGUUGCUACUUAAACACAUCUGCGAGGUGAUGAACCGCUGUGACAUCACCAUGACACCCUUGGAGGCAGGGCAGGCAUGCUUGGGCAAUGCUCCAGAGCAGGAAAAGUAAAUCGGCAUGGCUUGAUUUGGAAUGGCACAAACAUAAGUCAUCAUGGAAAUGCCCCAAAAGCCAUUUUCAGCAACCUAACACCAGAUAGACUAAUUCAUAAAUCCAUUGCAUGAGAUAUAUUUGACAUCCAUCUUGGCAACCGCCCAUAGAAAGUGUUUGGGAAGGGCAAAAUAACUGCCGUGUUCUGUCAGUUACACUCAUUAUGGACCAAUCAGAGUGACAGGACAAGACAAAGUGGGCAUGUGCAGCUCCAGAGAGUAAAUUUCAAAUGUGAGCUUGACAGGCAGGUGCCAUUUGAGGAGAAGAAUAGUAAUAUCUUCUCUGCAACUUUCAGUGCAGUUCUUUGCUCUUCUUCAAAUAGAGAAAUGUCACGUUUUUAUUUAAAAAUUGCCUCUAUAGCUACAUCCAAGCUGAGCUAAUGUAUACAGACUUAACCCCACCUGUAGUUACGGCCUUGUUCUCCUCAAAUGACACUGAGUGGUCCAGCAGUUUUCAGACUGAGCACCAACAUUUCAGAUUGAAGCUUUGCAAGAUGGAUCCUCCAAAUGACGGACAUGGAAUCUGGCUAGAUCAUCUGUAUCGAUACCUGCAUCGGCAAGGUGCGCGUGAUGAUAUAUUGCCAUAUUUUUUGAGCACAGGCCUAAUAUGAAGUCCAUGAUUCGCUUUUAUUUGGAAGGCAAUGUCCUCAUCUCUGCUCGGUUACAUUUUUUAUUCCACCUCAAGUCCUAUAACUGCUGAUAUUUUUCAAUUAAAAGACAUUUGGUCUUGAUCGAAAAGUUCAGGAAUUUUGGGCCAAGACUUAUUUUCAAGGAGGUGGUGGGUCCUGACGCUAAACCAGUUGAGAACCACAGCUUUAAACAAUGUAGUCAGCGUGAUUGUGAAAGAAUGGCUGCAGUGCAUUGUGGGAGCUUGGUUAGCGUUUAGAUGAUAUUGAGAAGAAAUUCACACUGAAGAGUAACACAUAAAAAGCAGUUCUUUUUUACUGAUGACAAUCUUGUGACAGUAAAUGUGCCAGAAUCUGAGUUAAAUAUUUAAACUUUUAAGAUUAAAAUUUAAUUUGUUUCCCUGUUAGCUCAGCAGGAAAAAACUGUUUCCUGAAAUUCUCACUUUGGAACUCGUGCUACACUUUAUAAAAAGCCACGUCGGCUCCGUCACAGCCCCCCUCCCCCCUUCAUGAGACUGGUGCUGCUCAGCACGGACGACAGGACCGGGCUGUCACAAAACUUUCAACAUGAACGUUCAGUGCCGUUUUAAACUUUCCUAUGUGCAAUGUUGAUUUGAAAAAGAAGAAUGUUAAUUUAUACUGUUGAAAAUGUCUCAGAACAGUUGUACGAUGUAUAUAGAGGUGUAUAAUAAGCCAUUGUACCAUGUAAAUUAUAUGGAAGUAUUUUUUUAAUGAAAAUGUCCUAACAUUCCUUCAUACAUUGAUAUCAGCAGUAUCUUUCUUAGGGUACAAGCAGUGGAAACGAUGGCUUGAUGGUGACACAGGACUUUGUAUUUCUUAAACAUAAAUCACAGGAACUCUGUAGAAAAACAUUCAGACAUUCACCAUGAUCAUUAAAAGAGAUUAAAUGAAGAAUUUAAAUCUUUCUGUCCUUGUGGAGCAGAAUUUCAGACACAUGUAGAGUUCACAGGAGGGUGUGUUUGCUGCUACAGAAGUCAAAUAUUUUCUCUUUUUCAGUUGAAUGCUUUUUAGUUUUAGCUUUUAAUAAAAAGUGCAAUUUUACAUCAUUCAAACUAUAUUUUUAGACAUCAGAGAGAAGCAUCAGCCUGCAUUUAUGUAUUUUUACACAUCCACUCUCGGUAUAGCAAAAGUAGUGUCAGUAAGGCUCAGCCAGCAACUCCGAGGUGCCAUAGAGACUAUAUUUAUACUUUUCCUGACCUUAUAGAUGGAAAAUAAAUCAUCUGACCAUUCAGUUCACUGCAGUAAAGUUUCACAUGAAGAAUGGUUUUCAUCACAACACAUAAAGAUCUUUGUGUGCAGAUCAGCCUGCUAUCACUCUGUUAUCUUGCCUUGAAAAGGAGGUUGAGGGAGAUUCUUCUCAUUAAACUCAUGUGGAGAUGGUUCAUGCAUUGUGUUCUAGUUGUGUGUGAAGUCCUAAAUUAUUUUGUUUCAGACAAAUCCCCUAGUUCUUCACCAGAUGUUCCGAUGUGACAUUGUUUCUUUUAUGUGUGUAUUCUUGUAAAUAAUCCACCUGCUCAGUCGGUACUUGUUUUCUUUGUAGUCGCUGCACCUUUCUCCCCUAUGUUCAUCCUUCAGAACGCUUUUCUUCUUCUUCUCUUUCACAGGCUUUUUCAUGGAGUGUUUUUGAAGGCAUGUGAUUUGAUUCACAUAUAACUUUUCUGAUUUGUAAAAAAAAAAAAAAAAAAACAUUGACUGACACCUUAACUGUGAGGGUGGGCAGUCAGAUCUAUGCUUUCUGUGUGAGACGUGAACCAGGACAUGAACAAAAACCAACCUGGCUCGCCGCCAUUUCUACAGUUUCAAUGCAGAAACAACAUUGAAUAUAUUGUAUAAUAGAAUGUAAAAAAAAAGUUUAGACUAUAUAGUUGUUUAUUUUCUAUGUCUAAUAGAUUACAUAUGUAUGUUACAUGAUUUUAAAAUUAAAGUAAUUUUGUAACAGAUAAUGAAGUGUCUUAUUAGAGGAGGUGAGGAUCUUUUUUGUUGUUUUUUUGCGUUGGAGUUGGUGUUGCACAGUCACUUGUAUGGUUUGUUUUUCUUUCUGUAUUUACCAUCAAAAUAAGCUUUAAAAAUAUCGUUAAUAUUGUUUAAAAAAUUAACAAAUUAAGUUUACAUCCUAAAAUAUCUUGAUAUUAAUUAUGUUAUAUUGAAUUAUUUAUAAAUC